CAAAUACUUCGUAUUAUAUAUAGCACUUUCUCCCCCAUUCAGCCUACUCAAAUCCAAAGCUAAAACCUACGUAAAUAAGCUACCCAACUCUCUUCCUCUCCACUCUCUUUUCUUCAUCACUUUAAUUAACCUGCAUGAUCUUUUCUCUCUUCAAUAUGGUAUGUUUAACUCAGAAUUCCUCUGUACUGAGAGUGUUUCUUGACAGGUUUUUGAUCCAAAAGCACUUGUUUUUUCGAGUUAGAAAUUCCUAAUAAUUCCAUCUCCUCAAAACACCAUCCAAGAAUUCUCUAUAUAUAGGAAUCAGAGAAUGGAUUUACACACUCUUACAAACAUCAAACCGCAGAAGGAAAAGGUGAUCCACAGGUUGAGGAAGAUGCAAAUGAUCACUGCAGCUUUCCGAUUUAUUGAGGUCUGCAUGUUUUUGGUCAUCCUCUGGAGAUUUUCCUGCAAUUUGAGCAUUAAUGUUCUAAAGCUGUCCGGAGGGUACUUCAGGGGACUAUUGAUCAGUCCGGGCUUCGUUUUCCUCCUCGGGAACGCCAUAUUCAUCGUCUUGCUCCUCCGGUCCGGGGACUCAUCGGAGAGACAUGGAUCGGUUAAUGAAAAGGUUGAGUUUUACGAGGAAUUCACGAAGAAAUAUGGGAAAAGUGGCGAUUUGUCUGGGAACUACUGUGAAGAACAAAUCAAGAAACAGGGGACCCCUGUUUCAAAGGAGAGGAAAAUGCAGAGGAGUCGGUCAGAAGGCACGAAGAAGGUGUACUGUGAGGAAGCUACUAGAAGGGAACUGGGGAGCUUGGGGACUAUAACUCGCCGGAAAAGUGAGACGGCAGCUCCGGCAGCUACCGAGGAAAUGAGCGGUGAAGAGUUUAGGCGUAAAGUGGAGGAUUUCAUUGCAAGGCAGCAGAGGGCUUUGAGAGAAGAAGAGUUCUCAUUUUUGGUAUCGAACUAAUAAGCUAAAAAACACAGCUGCUACUUAUUGUAAGCUGUAAUUACUUUUCUGGUUUUGCUCUUAUAUUCCCGGUUCUCCUCCUUUAUUUUCAGAAUAAGAAUAUACCGGUGGGCGUAGCUCAACUGGUACCAAUGGAGUGUCACAAGGGUUAGAUUCCGUGUUCGAAUCCCUACAACUGCGAUGAGGGGUUACUAAGUUAAAAAUGCAUAGGGCAUCUGCUAGUACCGGGGAUAGAGCCCCGGUACUAUAGUCCUAUUUAAAAAUGCAUAAGUUAAAAAUGAUUGGAUUAUAGUCCAAUUUACAUCCUCCCAACGUACCAUCCGGUUGGGGUUGGGGUCCUCCGGGAUGGGGUGUCAUCCUUUUUUUAUUCCGUAGAAUAAGAAAAAUAGGGUUGGGUAGUUUAAUUAGUUAUCUUGAAAGAAAACAGUUUGGGUUGGCGUGGGUAUUCAUAUUUCUAUUUGGCAUCUGAAAAUUCCUGUAAAUGAUGUGUUCUUGAACAGCACAACAGCGAUGGAUUCUAUUUGCACAGUAGUAAAUGAAACUUAUACUCUC